AUGGCCAGCAACAACAGCAGCAGCGGCAGCAGCAGCGGCAGCAGCAGCGGCAGCAGCAGGAAAAGGAAGCCCGACGAGGGCAGCGCGGCAGCACCAGCCGACGCCGCUGGGCGAGGCAGCGCUCCGGCAGCCACGACGCGGCGGGUGCUGCUCGUGUACAACAAACGGCAGGGCCUCUUCCAGCUGCCCAAAGGGCGCAAGAACAUGGGCGAGGAGUCGCUGCUGGCGUGCGCGGUGCGGGAGACGCUCGAGGAGACGGGUGUCCGGGUGACGCCGCUGGCGGUGCGGUGCGGCACGAGGGCGACGCCCGGGGAGGGGGCGCUCGAGGGGCAGCAGGAGCUUCAGGAGAUGCACGAGGUGCAGCACAUGCAGGCGGUGCAGGCGGUGCAGGCGGCGCAGGCGAUGCAGGCGAUGCAGCGGCGGGCACGGGGCGCGCAUGUCGAUGUACAGGCCGUCGAGUCAGAUGCUGAGGGGCCCGUCCGGCAAGGGCUGACAGAGGGGGUCGACCAUUACGAAGCGGUGGCGUGCUGCCAUUGGGCCGACGUGGCGACGGGGGCGUUGAAGAUGGUGUUCUACUACGCUGCCUCGGCCGACGAGAGCGCUCUGCCUGAGCCGCUCGUGGGUGAGGACGCGGGCCUGUUCGAGAACGUUUGGUGCGAGGUCGACGAGGCGGCGAAGCAAUUGGCGUUCCCGACGGACGGCAUGGUCGUGAACAAGGCCGUGGCGGAUAUGCGGCGGACGGGGUACGACAUUUGA